GAAGAUUGCGCCAUAACGUUGCUAUGCUGUUGCCUCUGCUGCAGCGAGCGAGCCAGCCUUGACGACGGACUGCAGUCCGCUGAGAAGUCAGAGACCGAAUAAUCCAAUCCCCCCUCAACAUUUAUGUCGCUCAUACCAUCGCAUUUACAAAUCAAAGGAAUUGUAAAUAUCAUUCACUCGGUCUGAAAUGACUGCUGGUUCGCUGUAGCCAAUGGUUGCUGUGUCUUGCGUGUGGAUUAUUCGUUGCCGAGCUAGUCCGAGAUUCGAGCCAGGAGGGCCCGCAGUUGAAUGUGUAUGAAGCUGAAGGCUCGGUGAUAAAGAUGAGGUUUUGUCGGAGUUCGCAGCGGGUGAACUGAACUUGGAUUUUCAGUCCCUCACCCUAAACUCACCGCUAUAAGAAAACCAUAUUACUUAAAAACUGGACGCCCCUGGAACUGUUUAUGACGACCCUGGUUGGACCGUAAUGACCGCACGCUUCCGGUUGCCUGCUGGCAGAUCUUACAAUGUCCGGGCGUCGGAGCUGGCACGCGACAGCCAGCACACGGAGGUGGUCUGCAACAUACUUCUCUUGGACAACACCGUCCAAUCCUUCAAAGUUAACAAACACGACCAGGGUCAUGUCUUACUGGAUGUAGUGUUUAAGCACCUGGAGCUGACAGAAAGGGACUACUUCGGCCUGCAUCUGGCCGACGAAUCCUCAGACAGCCCGGUAGGUGCCAAGAGGUGGCUGGAUCCAAACAAACCCAUAAGGAAGCAGUUAAAAAGGGGAUCGCCUUAUAAUCUGAGCUUCAGAGUGAAGUUCUUUGUGACAGACCCAAAUAAACUUCAGGAAGAGUAUACUAGGUACCAGUAUUUCCUCCAGCUCAAACAGGACAUCCUGACAGGAAGACUGCCCUGCCCGCACAACACUGCCGCGCUCCUGGCGUCCUACUCUGUACAAUCUGAGCUGGGGGACUACAGUGAUUCGGAGCAUGCUCCUGGUUACCUCUCACAGUUCUGCUUCAUCCCCAACCCGCCCCAAGGCUUCGACAAGGAGGUUACCAAACACCACCAACAGCACAGUGGCCUGUCUCCGGCCCAGUCAGAGUUUAAUUACCUGAAUACAGCAAGGACACUGGAGCUGUACGGAGUGGAAUUGCACUAUGCAAGGGAUCAAAGCAACACUGAGAUUUUAAUUGGGGUGAUGUCCACAGGGAUCGUGGUUUACAAGAACAGGGUACGAAUCAACUGCUUUCCCUGGUUGAAGAUUGUGAAAAUAUCAUUCAAGUGCAAACAGUUUUUCGUUCAGCUCAGGAGAGAAGUGAAUGAGACCAGGGAGACGUUGCUGGGGUUUAACAUGGUAAACUACAGAGCCUGUAAGAACUUAUGGAAGACCUGUGUAGAACACCACACUUUCUUCCGUCUGGACCGGCCCGUUCCCCCCCAGAAGAACUUCUUUGCCCAUUACUUUACCCUGGGCUCCAAGUUCCGUUACUGUGGGAGGACAGAGGUGCAGUCGGUGCAGUAUGGCAAAGAGAAGGGGAUCAAGGACCGGGUGUUCGCCAGGUCUCCCAGUAAGCCCCUGGCCAGGAAGUUGAUGGGCGGCACAGACUGGGAGGCUGUGAGCCGGAACAGCUUAUCAGACGAGAGGCUGGAGACCCAGAGCCUGCCCACACGCUCCCCACCCGGAACCCCUAACCACCGGAACUCGUUUGUACAGGAAGGGACGAGGAUGCGGCCGUCGUCGGUUGGGCACCUGGUGGACCAUGUGAUUCACGCCUCGCCCAGCCUCCCUGUCUUCUCCAAUCACAAAUCCGCGUCCUCUACCCAGGCCAACUCCAUCAGCCUCGACUCUUCCCCAUCCCCAGAGACAGUAGAUGGUCAGCCCCCGGCCCUGCCUCCCAAACAGUCCAGGAAGAACCUGAGCCAGAUCAUCCAGGACCACUCCCAGCAGAGUCUCCUUGACAACCACAUCAAUGAGAUGUACGACAUCCCCAUGGCAUCCGACAAAUCCACGCUGAACGGUGUUGUCUCUCACGACAAUCUGGUUUUGCUCAAGAUGAGGCCGGAUGACAGUGGACGAUUUGGCUUCAAUGUCAAGGGUGGAGCUGAUCAGAAGAUGCCUGUCAUUGUAUCUCGUGUGGCCCCUGGGACAUCCGCUGACCUGUGUGUCCCUCGUCUGAACGAAGGUGACCAGGUGGUUUUGAUCAACGGUCGUGAUAUCUCAGAGCACACUCACGACCAGGUGGUCAUGUUCAUCAAGGCCAGUUGUGAGAGCCACUCAGGAGAGCUCAUCCUAUUGGUCAGGCCCAAUGCCAUCUAUGAUGUGGUGGAGGAGAAGCUGGAGACUGAGCCAGACUUUCAGUACAUCCCAGAGAAGUCUCCCCAGGACCCCUCUCAGCUGGACCAGGAUGCCUGGAGGGUUUCCAUUAACACCCUGAAGGAGGGUUUGAUCAGCGGGGGAGUACUCACGCAGUUUGAUCAACUUUACCGGAAGAGGCCUGGAAUGACAAUGUUGUGUGCCAAAUUACCUCAGAACAUUUCCAAAAACCGCUACAGAGACAUCUCACCUUACGACGCAACGCGGGUCAUUUUGAAAAGCACAGAUGACUACAUUAAUGCAAAUUACAUCAAUAUGGAGAUCCCGGCGUCGAGCCUGAUCAACCGGUACAUUGCGUGCCAGGGCCCGUUGCCCAACACUUGCCCAGACUUCUGGCAGAUGACCUGGGAGCAGGGCUCCUCCGUGGUGGUCAUGCUCACCACUCAGGUGGAGAGGGGACGGGUGAAGUGUCAUCAGUACUGGCCCAACACUGACAGCACUGCUACGUAUGGCCACUUCCAGGUGGCCUGUCUCACUGAGGAGGGCAACUCUGCUUUCCUGGUCCGAGACAUGACCCUCACACACUUCGAGAGCGAGGAGGUCCGGGAGUUGACCCAGAUCCAGUAUGUGGCCUGGCCGGACCACGGCGUCCCAGACGACUCAUCAGACUUCCUGGACUUUGUCAGCCUGGUGCGGAGUAAACGAACCGGCAAAGAUGAGCCCAUGGUGGUCCACUGCAGCGCGGGGAUUGGCCGAACAGGAGUUCUCAUCACCAUGGAGACAGCGUUGUGCCUGAUGGAGUGCAGUCAGCCCGUCUAUCCAUUAGACAUAGUCAGAACCAUGAGAGACCAGAGAGCCAUGAUGAUUCAGACACCUAGCCAGUACAAGUUUGUGUGUGAAGCCAUCUUGAGGGUCUAUGAGGAAGGCAUGGUCAAACCCCUGAAGUCCAACCUAUACCAGAGAGAGGUAGAAGAAAAUGGAGAAGAGGAAGAUGAAGAUGUUAGCAUUAGCGCUAGUGUGACCAGUGUGACAAGUGAGACCAGCGUGACCAGCGAAUGCCCUGAAACCUAACCUCUAAUCCCUUGGACCUGACCUGGGUUUGUAGUGAGACGCCCAGCACCAUGGAGGAAGAGCCCUGGCUACCAUGGGUACUGCCGUGGGCAGAGGAGAGAACAAAGCACUGUUGCACUUUAUGCCGACAAAAAACUGAAAAUCAUUGACAAAUGAAUCCAUUUAUGUUAUGUAGACGGACAUGCCUUUUCUUCUAUGUCCCUCCGGCCGAUCGAGAGACACCGUAUCUUUUUCAAGUAGUAUUUAUUGUGUUUUAGUUUGUCAAACCCUGUCCACUGAACAAACGUUAGUGCGAUUCCUAGCUUUAUGCUUCCCAAAUGAAAACAUAGGUAGUAAAAAGUAGUGAGAAUUUUACUUUAUAGUGAGUGGUUUUUAUUUAUUAUAUUCUUUGCUUUUCUUGUCAAGUUAUGACAAUAGACACACAUCGGAGCACUUUGUCUAACCCUAGCUAACCGUGUGGCUGUCGUGUCACUAUGCCUUGGUUUUUGCAUAGAACGAACGAGUCAUUGACGUUGAUUGAAAUGUUAAAUUGUCCAAUUUGGCAGGGCGUGGAUCUACUCUAAGCUACAGUAUUUCAUAGAGUCCCCAGUCACACCAUGGCAAAUAAAGCUAUCAAAUGGGAGACCUUAAAACAACCUUUUUAAGUUACAUUUCUCGCUGUCUUUGUGUGUCAGUCGAGAUUUUAAGCCAACAAUACUAAGAUAAUUCAGAUAUUAGUAAUUAUAUACCCCCACAUGUUUAUAUUUAAAUGGUACUUAGAGGCUUUAAGACACAUUCUUUUUAUUGGAAAUGAUAAUCACUUAAGGGUGUUUUAGGUGCACAUUGCUGGGCAUUUGUUGUAGCCAACACAGUUAUAACAUGUUUUGUUUAAAAAAUCAGGGUGCACGAGGUGUCCUUUUCAAACUGGUUCAACUGUAUUGUCAUUUUCAGCAGUUCUUGUAUUGGAGUUAUCAGCUUCUUUAUAGUUUUAGCUACUCUUCUCAUGGAAGAGGCUGUUUCUUGCUUUGUUUCAUUGGUUGCUGCCAUCUUGGCACUGCAGGUAGUUGCACCUUCUCCGAUGCACUAUUCUGCACAACCAUGUGUAUGUUUAGAGUGGAUGUGUGUGGGACCGUCAGUGUAGUUAUGUGGUGUGUCUCUGUGACUCAGCAAUUUUUCUUGUGUGUAUAUUAUGCCCCGUCUCUGGUGCUGCUGUGGCUCUGUCUCAUGGCGUCAUGCCGUGUAACCAUUUGCUAACCCCUUGCCAUUUCACCAUAACCUGGCUGACACUCAUUACUAACUCAAUGUUAGAUGUCUGGGGUGAAGCCUGCUUGUAAACUUAUUUGCCAUAGUUUUAUUCCAUCUUCUUGACCUGAGGUGACUGUGUGAUGCAUCUAUAGCACGUACAUUGGAAAUAAAUACAUUAUGACCACGGUGUGAGAAGCCCAUGAAGUAAAUUGCUCCCUUUCACCUGGCUUGCACACAGUCCCCAAUGGUCGAUCAUCAACCCACUGUGUGGAAUCCACAAAACUGUCAUUUUGAUUAUUUUAAUUUUAUGGAAUCAUGCAUGGAAUCCGGCUCAUUCUGUUAUGCCUGAGAGUUUUAUGAUGACUGGUCAUAGGAGCAAGACUAUAGAAUGCCACAUACAAGACUUGGGUUACCAGAACCAUCAAAUUUGAUUUUCACAAAUGUCCAGAAUUGAGCUUUGUUCAAAGUGUUAUGAUAGCGUAUCAGGGUACUGUGGGGUGCUGUUUGGAGGCAGGAGGGGAGGGAAGCAGGGUGGGGUAGGUAUGGGAGGGUGGCCGUGUUGUAGUUUUGUGAAAAACGGUUCAUGCUUCUUGAGAAUGGACAGCACUUUUCAGAUGACUGGGUAGCCAUGCCUGCUACUGAAUAUGUCAGAAACAUAAAAUGGUGUUUACUUUUUAUUUAUAAUUUUAUUGGUUUUUAGACACCUGUAGGGAACAAACGCAAACCUACAGUGAUGCUUAUUUUUUUUGUAAAUAUACUCGACCAUGUAAAUACAAUGUUGUAUAUUUUAAAAAAAAUCUUUAAAAUAAAAGGGAAAAUCAUUUGUGAGUUAAAAUGUUUUUAUAUAGAGAAUGACAUGUGACAACUUGUGUUUAAAAAUAGAAGAAAAAUUGAAAGCUUCCAUUUCUUUCAACUCUCACUCAAUUAAGUUGAUUUUACUUCUGUUUCAAACACUUGUUUUCAGUUGCUCUGUGCAUUGUGCUUUGUUUUUUCUUUCUGAUAUUGUCAUUUGACAGUGCUUUGAAUAUGUUUAUAAGAUUUAUUAAAAACGAUUAAAACUUG